GGGCGGCUGGAGAUCUGGGUUGUGUCUGUGGAUGCAGCCAAGAAAGAUAAAAAAGAAAAGUUGCUGCGCCUGUCCGCGUGUGCAGGCGGUCCAGGGGUUGGGCGCCCCGGAGAGCGCGAGCCGAGCACGGGGGGUUACCACGCAUCGCGGGGCCCGUGCCCGGUGGAAACCUCAAGAAUAUUCUCAGUGCGGCCGGCUGCUGAAAGCCAGAGCCUGGUGGUGGAGGUCUCCGCCGAACCGGUUGGGACAGUUGGAAAUCUCCUUGUACACCAUGCUGCGUUUAAGUCUCUCACCCACGUUUUCCAUGGGAUUUCAUCUGUUAGCUCUGCUGGCUCUCUUGUUUACCCAUGUGGACCUUGUAACUGCUGAGACUGAAAAGGAAGGAGGAGGAAAUGAAAGUGUUGGAUGUGCUGGCUCAUAUCACUGUAAGAAAGGGGUGAUUUUGCCCAUUUGGGAGCCCCAAGAACCUUCUUUUGGGGACAAAAUUGCUAGAGCCACUGUGUAUUUUGUGGCCAUGGUCUACAUGUUUCUUGGUGUCUCUAUCAUCGCCGACCGGUUCAUGUCUUCGAUAGAAGUCAUCACAUCUCAAGAGAGAGAGAUAACCAUAAAGAAACCCAAUGGAGAAACCACCAAGACAACUGUGAGGAUCUGGAAUGAGACUGUGUCAAACCUGACCCUGAUGGCCCUGGGAUCUUCUGCUCCUGAGAUUCUGCUUUCAGUCAUUGAAGUGUGUGGCCAUGACUUCCAUGCUGGAGACCUCGGCCCGAGCACCAUUGUGGGAAGUGCUGCCUUCAACAUGUUCAUCAUCAUUGCAAUCUGUGUGUAUGUGGUCCCUGAUGGAGAGAACAGGAAGAUCAAGCAUUUGCGUGUGUUCUUUGUGACAGCAGCCUGGAGCAUCUUUGCCUAUACCUGGCUGUACAUCAUUUUAUCUGUCAUCUCUCCUGGGGUUGUGGAGGUCUGGGAAGGUUUGCUCACUUUCUUCUUCUUUCCCAUCUGUGUUGUAUUUGCUUGGAUCGCGGAUAGGAGGCUUCUGUUCUACAAGUACGUCUACAAGCGGUAUCGUGCUGGCAAGCAGAGGGGAAUCAUUAUCGAACAUGAAGGAGAGGGGCCGUCUACCAAAACUGAGAUUGAAAUGGAUGGAAAAGUGGUCAACUCUCAUGUUGACAGUUUCUUAGAUGGGGCUCUGGUUCUUGACGUUGAUGAGAAGGACCAAGAUGAUGAGGAAGCUAGGCGAGAAAUGGCUAGGAUUCUCAAGGAACUUAAGCAGAAGCAUCCAGAAAAAGAAAUAGAGCAAUUAAUAGAAUUAGCCAACUAUCAAGUCCUAAGUCAGCAGCAAAAAAGUCGAGCAUUUUACCGUAUUCAAGCUACUCGCUUGAUGACUGGAGCUGGCAACAUUUUGAAGAGACAUGCAGCUGACCAAGCAAGGAAGGCAGUUAGCACACAGGAAGUCAACAACGAAGUGGCAGAAAAUGACCCUGUUGCAAAGGUCUUUUUUGAGCAAGGGUCCUACCAGUGCUUGGAGAACUGUGGUACUGUUUCCCUGACCAUUGUCCGCCGAGGUGGCGACUUGUCCAACACAGUGCAAGUUGACUUCAAAACAGAAGAUGGCACAGCCAAUGCUGGCUCUGAUUAUGAAUACACUGAAGGGACUGUGGUCUUUAAACCUGGGGAGACUCAGAAGGAAAUCAGAGUUGGCAUCAUUGAUGAUGAUAUCUUUGAAGAGGAUGAAAAUUUUCAUGUGCAUCUCAGCAAUGUCAAAGUAUUUUCUGACACUGCAGAAGAUACCAUUCUGGAAGCCAACCAUGUGGCUGCUCUACUGGCUUGCCUCGGUUCACCCUCCACAGCUACCAUAACCAUUUUUGAUGAUGACCAUGCAGGCAUCUUUACAUUUGAAGAACCUGUGAUCCAUGUGAGUGAGAGCAUUGGCACCAUGGAAGUGAAGGUGCUGAGAACAUCCGGAGCCCGGGGAAAUGUUAUUGUGCCCUACAAAACCAUCGAAGGGACUGCCAAAGGUGGAGGAGAGGACUUCGAGGACACUUGUGGACAGCUCGAAUUCCAGAACGAUGAAAUCAUGAAGAUCAUUACCAUUAGACUAUUUGACCGUGAGGAAUAUGAGAAAAAGAGCAGAUUCUUCCUUGAGCUUGAGGAACCAAUAUGGAUAAGAAGAGGAAUGAAAGGUGGCUUCACACUAACAGGGAAAUACCUGUAUGGCCAACCUGUCUUCAGGAAAGUUCAUGCUAGAGACCGCCCGAUUCCUUCUACUGUAAUCACCCUUGCAGAGGAAGGUGAUGACCAGAAGCCAUUGACCAGCAAAGAGGAAGAGAAAAGGCGCAUUGCAGAACUGGGGCGCCCCAUCCUGGGAGAACACACCAGGCUGGAAGUGAUCAUUGAAGAGUCCUAUGAAUUCAAGAACACCGUGGACAAACUCAUUAAGAAGACAAACCUGGCCCUCGUGGUGGGAACAAACAGCUGGAGAGAACAGUUCAUUGAAGCUAUCACUGUCAGUGCUGGGGAAGAUGAUGAUGACGAUGAAUGUGGGGAGGAGAAGCUGCCUUCCUGUUUUGACUACGUGAUGCACUUUCUGACUGUGUUCUGGAAGGUCCUAUUUGCCUUCGUCCCCCCUACUGAAUACUGGAAUGGCUGGGCAUGCUUCAUUGUCUCCAUUAUUAUGAUUGGCCUAUUGACAGCUUUCAUUGGCGACCUGGCUUCACACUUUGGCUGCACCAUUGGCCUGAAAGAUUCCGUGACUGCGGUGGUGUUUGUUGCCCUUGGAACUUCAGUGCCAGACACCUUUGCCAGCAAAGUGGCAGCCAUCCAGGACCAGUAUGCAGAUGCAUCCAUAGGUAACGUCACUGGCAGCAACGCAGUGAAUGUCUUCCUGGGAAUCGGCGUGGCCUGGUCCAUUGCUGCCAUCUACCAUGCGACCAAUGGGGAACAGUUCAAAGUGUCCCCCGGCACGCUAGCUUUCUCUGUCACUCUCUUCACCAUUUUUGCUUUCAUCAAUGUGGGGGUGCUGCUGUAUCGGCGGAGGCCAGAAAUUGGAGGUGAGCUGGGUGGGCCCCGGACUGCCAAGCUCAUCACUUCCAGCCUCUUUGUGCUCCUGUGGCUCUUGUACAUUUUAUUCUCCUCCCUGGAGGCCUACUGCCACAUAAAAGGCUUCUAAAGGAACAAUCAGAUAUAGUAAAUUUAUAUAUAUAUAUAAACAUAUAUAUACAUAAAAUUAUGUACAAUGAAAAGAGGAAACUGACAUUUGUCAUGUUCACUUACCUGCUGAUGGAAUCCAGCUUCAAGAACAUACUCUGUACUAGGGCCGAAGUCAGAAACCAUCACCUCCCAUUCCCGGGGCAUCGUCAUGUUGAACAAGACAUGGAGGCAGGGCCAUCGUGCAGCUCUGUCUAGAAGGGCUGUACGCUCUCUAGGUUCAUAAAUGGCUAAGGUUUGGGGUUGUUUGCUUGUUUUUAAUUUUGUUUUCAGUGGGGUUGGGGAGGUACCUGAUGUUCUGAUGUUCAACUUUUGUUUCUGUUUUGUUUUGUUUCUGCUUUGCAUUGUUUUGUUGGGAAGGUCAUACUUUUUGUUUCUUUUGAUGAAACAUAAUGACCCAUCCAAAGAUAAAUGGGCUUGAGGUAAAAUUUGAAAUCAUUAAGAGUCUCCUCACCUCUUCCAAACACUUUUCAAUUACUUUGGAUUAAGAAAGAAUCUGGGCAUAGAAGAAAGAUGUGUUCUGUAUUACCAAACUUCUCAAUUAUGUUGUGGACAUGCUUAGAGACAAAGACACCUCUGAGAAGAAGCAUGGGAGCAGGAAUGGAGCCAGGAAGCCAUGGUUCAAGGUAGUCUAGGACUCUAGAAUAUGGUGCCUGGCACUCUUGCUCAACAGGUACAAGGAUAAUGUGCCUAGAUUCCCAGGAACAGGCAAAAUCCCUUCCUUUCUGAUCUUUAAACUCUGGACUGUGAUUAGCCAAGGCCCUUAUUCAUUCCAGCCCAGCUAACCUGCCAGGUGUCCCAUUUCAGUCCUCCUCUUCCUACCUACCCUGCUCUCUGCAAACUGAAAGACUAAUCUCAUUCAAAUGGCUAUCCUCCUUUUCCAUUUGCAUUAGUAUGUGUUCCCACCCCCAUAAUGCUGUUGCCUGGGAUGUGUCCAUCCAUUUUAUUUUUCAAGGCAUCCAUAGCUUGCCCAGUCCUGUUCCACCCAUGACUAAACAUUUGCUCCUUCUUCAUGUGCCUGUUUGGGAAUGUUGUUGUGAUACUUGUUACACAGUGCAUGGAUGAAAAACAAACAAACAAAUAAAUAAAACAAUGCGUUAUCUGUAUAUAGUAGAGUAUAGCAAAUACCAUCCUCCCAUUCAGCAAUGUUGAUGGGACAUUGAAGACAUAAAUGAGUUUUCUUUUCACCUGAGUUGUUACUUUUGUGAUGUUACUGAGUUUGAUUAUUACUAGGGAUAGAAGAAGAAAAUGGCUUACUGUUCAUGAAUCUGCACAUUCAUAUCUAAGAAGCAAUAACUGUCGUGUGGGGAAAUGUUAAAGCAAUUGAGGGGAUAGCAGGCCAACAGCCAAGCUUCCCACUGAAGAUAGCCAUGUGGAGCACAUCAGAGAUCUCUCACAAUCACCUAUUAAUUCAGGUAGGCCAAAGAAAAAAAGUGCUGGAGAGAAGUGGAUGUGGUAGAUGAGCCUGGAUUUUUCGAGCCACCUUUCCCAAACACCCUAGUGCCCCCCAAGUAUUUAUUGCACAUCUGCUCUGUCUGGCACAGAUGAUAGACAGUGCUAGUUUGUUCAUUUCAUUUUUUUAUGUAUAAGGCUUUUUUUGAGCCCUAUUUCUUGUCCUGUCCAGUCCAGACCCCUCUGAAUUUGUUCGUAGUCCCUGAAUAAAAAUGAAGCCAGAGUGACCAAUGGGCCUUUCAAAGUAUGUCUCCUCUAUGUAUGACAAACAGAAAGCCAUCCAAUGAGAUUAGUACCCCCAGGAGGAUUGCAGAAGGUAGGUUUAACCCUUGAAAAUGAAUGGCUCUUUCUAUGUCAACACCAAAGAGCUGGACAAACCCAACAUUCCAAAGUAGUGAUUCUACUAGUGAGGACCACACCUCCCGGACUUCUUUGCCUCUAAGAAGUCCCAGGCUGGAGGCAUUCCUGGCCCUCCAUAUUGAUUCAAAGCUACUUCAGAAUAAGCCCUUGAGACUUAUUUGCUCACUCUUCCACUCAGUAAUCAUGACCAUUCAUCCUUUCAAUACACAUGUGGAGAUUGAGUGAACAAUGAAACAGUGGUUGCCAAGUCAGUUUGCCAGAUCGUGUGCAACCUCCCAAUGCCUGGACCAUAAAUAACAGCCUGGAAUCCUGGUCUUCAGGGAUAUUUAUUCAGUGAAUGUGAUUGCUACGUCCACAAGUUCAAGUUAACACAGUUACAUUGAAAUGGUUUUGUCAUGCGAGAAAAAAAAUUAUGGACCUUAACACGAAUACUAAAACUAUAAAAAUUCACCUGCCUAAAUAUCCAAGAUACUUUUUAAAAGAGAGUAAAGGUUAUGUUUGACAACUUGAAGAAAUGUCCAUCUACGUGUUUUAAACCAAGAAGGGCAAUCAUGUUGAUGACAUGCAUCACUGAGAAGGCCCAGAUAACCCUAGCUCUUCUCUCUAUGGCAAAAGUCCUCUUCUGUAACCCACUCCUGACGUUACAUUGUCCCUCAAUACUGGUGACUCCUUUGAGGGCCCAUUCUAACUCUUUUUUUUUUCUGUUUUAAAAUUCUUUUAAAUGGUGGCUAGCCUAAAAACAGCGACUAAAAAUAGUCAAGGAAUAUAAGUUGUUUAAACACUAGAAAGACUUUUCGCUCAUUUUUUAGCCAUAUUUGAAAUGUCAAUAACCCUGUAGUGAAUCUUUACAGAGGAGUUUAAGAGAUUUCUUACUAUUGGUCAAUUUCAAUUUUGAAGCUUUUCAUUUUGUUUGCCUUUUCAAUUUCCGUACUAUAGGGAAAAUAUGAUUCUGGCUGUCCAGGGUUGUUAUUAAUUAUUAUAGUUAUGUAAAAUUAUUUCAUUUUGUUUGAUUAUUUUGUGUGUAUUGUGCACAGCUUUAGGGGGAAGUGCACUAAUUGUGCUGUUCCUUAUAAAUGGUACACAUUAUUGACACAGAAAAAUAAAGUUUCUAAUUGUUUAUGAUCUAA